GUCCCCCGACAUACGAUCAUGCCGUAUCGCCAUUCGUGAUUCUGGUGUUUUGGAAAAGCGUUCAGCCAUUUGCUGUCCGCUUCCAGUUUUUCCUGUGUCGGUGUGCACUAGAUGAUCUAAAGUCAAUACCCGGGCAAAUGCCAAGCGGAUUGCAAACAUCGAAAAUUGCUUUGGAAGCUCCGGGCAGCCAUUGGCUUCCCAUGGUCGUGUGCUUGUAGGAGAGGGUGUUCUCACAAAGAUGUGUCGCAAGAAGCAAAAACCGAGGCAGUUCUUCCUCUUCAACGACAUACUCGUCUACGGCAACAUCUUGAUCAACAAGAAGAAAUACAACAAGCAGCACAUUAUUCCAUUGGAAGAAGUCAAGCUGGAGAACCUAGGGGACGAUGGAACUGGGUUGAAGAAUGGCUGGCUCAUCAGGACCCCGACCAAGUCUUUUGCCGUCUAUGCAGCAACUGCCACAGAAAAGACAGAGUGGAUGGCACAUAUCAACAAAUGUGUUGAGGACACUAUCAGGAAAACUGGAAAAUACCCAACCAAGGAGCAUGCUGCUGUGUGGGUUCCUGAUGCUGAGGCCGGUUACUGCAUGCACUGUCGAAAGACCCAGUUCACCAUGCUGAACCGUCGGCACCACUGCCGCAAGUGUGGUACCGUGGUCUGUGGCCCCUGCUCCAACCGCAAGUUCCUACUGCCAGCGCAGUCCACCAAGCCUCUGCGGGUCUGCCUCACCUGCUACGACGCUUUGUCAAGGGCGUCCAUCUUGGAGUUGACCACAGGUGGCAUGGCGAGAGUUCAGCAAAAGAUGGACAAGCCAGUCACUGGUGCCGACUCCUCCGGAGAAGAUGACUCUGACUAUGACGAUGAUGACAACAGACGGGCAGAUGGUUCUGCAGACAAUGGGCUGUCCAAGGACAUAGAUGGCCUGACAUUUGAUGAGAAGCCCACCUUCUACGGAGACAUGAUGGAAGCCAAGAGCCCCGAGUUGGAGGUUGCCGAAGAAGCCAAAGCAGUGCCGGUGUCGACGCAUCCGGAAGAGUCGAGCAGCUUGCAAGACGUGUCGCCCACUUACGAGAACGUAAAAGGAGAUGCCCCGGCGGUGGACCCCAUGGCUGGAGGAGAACCCCACCCGGACGGACACUGAGGCUGCCUGUUUAUGCUGUCCAUGCGAUGCAAUCCUUUGCCCCCGGGGCAUCUUUUGUUCGAAGGUGCUUUCUACACUGUUUGGGAUUACUCGUGCACUUGUUGCUGCGUGGUGCUGGUUUCCUGCAUUCGUGCGGCUGCCUUUUGAUGUGGGCCAUCCAGGGUUGGGGGUUCAAUUUUUUUCCCCCGAGAUAUCUGCAACAUCACACUGAGAAACUGUCCCAUUUUACGAAAGUCCAAUGUUGCAUCUUGCAAUGUGGCACGGAUCUUUCAAACUGCAUUCUUCUAAGGCAGAUUGAAUACUUGUCUAGUGCUUCUGAUGGUGCGUGGCCUGUCUACAGGCGUGACUUAUUGUUGCUUCGGUUCUUCUAGUAUACUUAAUGAUGCAGCUCCUUUCUCAAUUCGUAAUUUUGAAUAAGGCCUAUGUUAUUUUCAGGUAUUGCUAUGUUGUACAACACUUGCAGAAUGAAAUGUGACAGGGAGACUUUAAAGUAUAACACGCUAUAUAUACACACAGUUACUUGAGAGUGCCGCGUCAUGUCGUUACGAAUCUGGUCAUUAAAGGCAAUGCGGACUGUGAUCUUGAGUGAAAGAGCCAAAAUUACACUGAUGUCGCACCAACGGCAGAUGGUGGAAAUGAAAGUAUGCACAUUUGUUAGAUGCUUUGUUAAUGCAUCUCAUUCCGUGAGUAAAGUACAGGUUGAAUCUUCAAGCUAUGCUGUACGAACUGAAGGUAUACUUGCAAGCCUCUGCUUUAAAGCACUGGAUAGCUUGUUGCAUUUUUCAGAUGUCCAUAAGAUGGGACCACUUUGCAAUGCAAAUAAGCAGGAUUGUGUCAAUGUGUGCUACACCUAUUCGUGAUAGUCAGUUGAGAGAGAGCUUGUUAUGGAAGUCAUUGGAAGAAAUUUGCUUGGUACGGUGCAUCAAAGGUGACCACCUGUUUCUAGCAGAACUAAAACAGUAUUAGCGUGCUUUAGCGUAGCGUGAAUGUUAUAUAUUGGAAGACAUGUUCCGAGACCAGUAAUGACGUUGUGAUCAAUUUAUGAUGUGCUAGAAGCUUGCUUUCUUGUAUUCCACUACCCCUCUCUUUGAUAAACGAAAGGUGCAGGAUUACUUUCUUAAUUACAAGCUUGCUGACACAUUUAAGCCACGAAAUUUUAAGCGGUCAUUGCAAUAAGCGUUGUGUGCGCUUUGAGCAUGACAUCAUAGGAUGUUUCUGCUCGUACUGCUUUUCGCAUCAAGGUCUUCCAGUAUUGUGACACAGGUCUGCGCUAUGCAAAAAAUCUUUUGUCUUAGCACCAGUUCAAUGGCAAAAACUGUGCGAAGCUCGCUUGGCAGUUGUCAGCGAGUGUAACAUACUUCAACUGAGACACAUCAUAGGGUAACAACAUAGGCAGCGUGCUGUCAUGUUACGCACAACUUGGCACCAGAACUCAUUUGCUGCCUGUCAUAAGUGCCUGCUGAGCAGAGCUUCGUCCUGACAUGAUUAGCACGGAGUUGACUUCGUAGCUGCACAUUGUUGAAGAGGCUGUGUGCAUGCGAAGACAAUUAUCGCUAUCGGCAGAUAUUCGUGAGAAGAUUACAGAACUGCAACCGAUAUUAAGUUGCCAUUCAGGUUCCAUUCACAUUGGCAGAGUGGGAUAUUUUCCUUGUUCUUUUUUUGUUUAUGCAUGUUAAGUGAUGCUUUCUGUUAGCGUAUGCAUGUGCCAGAGCAAAAAUUAUGCAAUGCUUGUAUGCCUUUAUAGGGGUGCCACUGCUGCAUAUUUCUAUUCGAUCCUAGAACAGUGCGCAAGGUUUCCAGUUGUGCUUAGAGUAGAUGCUAGCAUUUGUUUGUUAAUCCAGGCUCUGAUGCCAAAGGAAUGUCCAGGCCAUGAGUGGGGGCCAGCAAUAUGCCACUAUUGAGUUUAGCUUUGCCUGGCUGGUCAAUUGCACUGUGUUUGCACCUUCACACCUUUUCCAGGCCAACUUUUAUGUAGAGGGGAUUUCCCAAUGUGUUUGUUUCCCGUUAGACAUUAAUUUAUAGCUGUAUUGGUUGAUGCAUUUUUAGUUGUGCUGUGCUGCUUCUCGAACAAAUGCUUUCAGACUUGGUUUGCUGACAUUUUCUUGCGUGUUAAGUUAAUGCAUACGGAGAUGCUUAGAGAAUCCAAAUUGAACAGUCCAGCAUUUCUUGCCAGCUCUUUUUCAUAAUGCAGAUGGAACUGCAUUGCUUCAUAAUGUGUCUAGCUUUAGGAUACAAUUGAAGCUGUUUUCAAGUGCUUGAAAACUCGUCACUGCACAAUGUUUACUGUUUGUACAAGAUGCAUCAUGACAGUCGUUGCUCACACUUUUUAAGAAGGGCAAACUUGUCAACUACAUAAUUCAUAUCUGAAAUGUAAAUUUCAGCAUGGGUAAAACAUCAAUUAUGUACUGCACUAUGUACUGCACAGUCGGACAAUCUGCAAUCAAGGUGCAACAUUUUGUGCACAUUUCCUUGAAAUUGAUUGCCGUGUGUGAAACGGGCAUGUAUGAUAGUUUGACAAAAAUUGAAACUGAUGUUUGAAUUUCAUGUUGAGAUGUGUGAUUAAUUUACAGCAGCAGAUGCCAACGUUGUGAACUUGUCUUGCAUCUUUUACUAGCCUCUCGUUUUUUGUCGUCCACUGCCUUCUUAAAUUAUGAACCUGGGUUCAAAGCUUUGCCUGCUGUCCAUGGCAGGGCAAAAUUGGUGCAUUGGUGCCUGUCGUGCUGGUGAUGCUUGCCUGCACAGUUUUCCUUGUCAGCAGUAUGUAUAACCAGAGUUUUAGCUUAGUGGGAACAUACAGUCGAAUUUCGUUACAACAGUCACAUCAAACGUGAAAAUACCUUCAAUAUAUCUGAUAUUUGUUAUAGGCAUAUAUUUGUUACAUGCUGGGUACUGGUUAGAAAUAUUUUAGAUUUAUUUCGUUAUAUCUGUGUUCAUUUUAUCGAGGUUUGACUGUAUGUCAAAAUACUGGGAAGCAGUGUAGAACAGGAAUAGCAGCAUUGGUGGCGACAUAUGAUGCUGUUUGAUUGAGUUUUGCUCUAAGAUAAAAACGUGUUACAAGAAACUUCUGUAUAGGAAAAAAGCAGAUACGAAAAUACCUUCGUGAUUAUGCAAUGCCAAAAUGUUUAUCCCAGAAGCAGAACACUGCUGCACAUAACAGCAGUAGUUUUGCAUGCUUUGAUUCCGUACAGCAUCACCGCAUGUUGCCACCAGUCGUGUUGAUACGGCUUCCUGUAUCCAGGGCCAGUAUUCUUGACUCGACACUUUUGGGGAUACUUCAGCUUGACGUGUCCAGUGGACAGUUCAAUGGGGUUAUGUCGGUGUUCUGCCUGCUGGCAUAGCCAAUAAGCAUGAACCGAAAGCGGCAUCUUGAAAAGUGAUUGAUGCAGAACACGGCCUUUACUACACUAUGCUAAAACUAUUAUGUUGAGGGGCCUGGCUUCAUGGUGGGUAAAUGUAAGCGUGACCCUCAAAAAGGUUUUCUCCAAGUGCCUUUGCUAUGAGGGAAUAGACACUCAUAUCUACUGGUAGAAAGAGAUUACAUAGGUUUUGAAAAGCACAGCACUUGUGUAUGUAUGUGUUGAGUGAGUGUGAUGUAAAUACCUACAGAAAAUUUUUUUACUAGUGUGACCACAGGGAAGAUCAAUUGUUUUGUGGGUAGACUCUUUUUUUUUCUCGGCCACAUAGCUUUUGAUCUAAUAAAAUUGUAUAUGGGUCUUA